CCCUCGCUAUGAACUAUGGGAUUCACUCUCUCCAACAACAUGGCUGUAGUUUUAAGGAAUAUGAAGUCACUCAGCUGCAUAGCAGCGGUGACACUUCGAACAACACUUCCAAGAGUCAGCGCCGCUGCAUUAUUUCACAAUAGACAUCGUACGGACAAAUUAGCUGUAAAAACUAAGCCAUCAUCCUUUUUAUCAAAGAUUUUAUUUCCAUCAGUUUUGGCUGUUAGAAAUUAUGUGACAAAACCUUUAAUUGAGGAAAUACAAGAUAGGGUGACUCAGGUCAUCAAAAUAUAUGAUAAGAUUAAUGCUGAAAAGUUAACUUUAGACAGUCAUUUUAUGAAUGAUUUGGGAUUAGAUAGUUUGGAUCAAGUUGAAAUAAUUAUGGCAAUGGAAGAUGAAUUCGGUUUUGAAAUUCCAGAUGCAGACUCAGAAAGAUUAAUGCGACCUAAAGAAAUAAUACAGUAUAUCGCUGAUAAAGAAGAUAUAUUUGAUUAAGACAAACAUAACAUAGAUAUUUUAUAGUCAAGAUUUGUUAGUUGCCAUAAAUACUGAUCAAGGAAGAUGUAAAUGUACAGCAGUUCGAAGUGCUAUCUGUGAAAAGAACUCUUUCUUAUAUAUAAACACUGUGUGCAUUGAGUAAUUUUAUUGUACAUGUUUUGAAUGAGAUGAUAAAAUUGGAAAAAGAUC